AUGGUUGAUGAUACAUAUGAUGCAUAUGGAACAAUUGAUGAAUUAGAACUUUUUACUAAGGCAAUUGAAAGAUGGGAUACUUGUGGUUUGGAUAAUCUUCCGGACUACAUGAAGUUUCUCUAUAGAAUUUUAUUUGAUCUUAACAAAGAAAUAGAGGAAGAAGCGAUAAAUGAAGGAAUAGUGUAUGCAAUGAACUACUACAAAAAUGAAUUUAUAUUAUACAUUCAAGCAUAUAUGGCUGAAGUUAGAUGGUUAAACAACAAUUACCAACCAACAUUAGAAGAAUACAUUCGUGUAUCAGCAAUAUCAUCUGGUUAUUGUCUGAUGACCGCAACAUGUUACAUUGGUAUGGGAAAUAUAGCUACAUAG